AUGUCAACACAAUACUCUAAUGGUCAAGAUUUAGAAAAACAAUUAUCAAAUUCAGAUAAUUUUAAUUUAGAUAAUCAAACAACAAAUUAUGAACAUGAUACAGAAGUUUCAAGAGUUCAACCAGCAGGUAAUAAUAAUGAAUAUAUAAUGAUUGGACGUACAAAAGUUUUGAAAUCAGAAUUACAAGAAGCUUUUGGUGGUACUUUUAGUGCAGGUGUUUCAGCUCCUUCAGUUCAUAAAUUUGCAAAUCCUGCUCCUUUAGGUUUAUGUGGUUUCGCUUUAACUACUUUUGUCUUAUCAAUGUUUAAUGCUCAAGCUAUGGGGAUUACAACUCCAAAUGUUGUUGUUGGUUCUGCAUUUUUCUAUGGUGGUCUUUGUCAAUUAUUAGCUGGUAUGUGGGAAAUCGCCCUAGAGAAUACAUUUGGUGGUACUGCAUUAAGUUCUUAUGGUGGAUUUUGGUUAAGUUUUGGUGCUAUUCAUAUCCCAUGGUUUGGUAUUAAAGAUGCUUAUGAUGAUCCUAUUGAAUUAAGAAAUGCUAUAAGUUUUUUCCUUUUAGGUUGGACAAUUUUCACAUUUAUGUUAUUAUUAUGUACUUUAAAAUCUACAGUGGCAUUUUUUUCAUUAUUCUUCUUUUUGGAAAUUACAUUCUUGUUGUUAACAAUUGGUGAUUUUACUGGUAAAACUGGUGUUUCAAGAGCUGGUGGUGUAUUUGGUGUUAUUACGGCAUUUAUAGCUUGGUAUAAUGCACUUGCUGGUAUUGCAACCAAUGAAAAUUCUUAUUUUACAAUCAAAGGUGUUCCAAUGCCAAAACCAAAAGGUCAAAGAUUAUAG